UCAAGUCUCAAAUCUCAAACCUCAAAAGCACUCGAGGAAGAGGAAGUCGCUUCUUUUUCCUUCCCGGGAGAUGGACACAAAUGGAGGCCCAUUCAUAAAUUGGGCUCUCAAAUUCCACCUUUUGGUUACUGGACAUUACAUAUGGGCCAAGGGGACCCAAAUGCAAAUAUUGACCAAACAAAACAAGUCUUCCCUCCCCGAGAUGAAGAGAAGAAAUUGCCCGGAGAAGCUUAUCAGUUUUGGGCGACCCGCCACCGUCUGGUUGCACCUGGAAUAUCAAUGGCGUCGACUCCGCCUCCCGCCGCCGCCACCGCCACCGCCACCGCCGCCGCCGCAGACCCCGCCGCCACCAUCAAGAACAACAGUGCGCUAACUCAUUAUCUGCAAAGGCAUCAAGAAGAUAAACGUCAGCCUUCAAUCUUCGAAGUUCCUGGGGACUUCUUUGACUCCUGUCGCCUCCUUCAAUCUCCAUACUCGUCAAUAAUACCAACCCAAUCCGUUCCUUCAAAACCACCCAAUGAAGACGUCCCUGACGACUUUCCCGAGGAUAAAGAAGAGGGCACUUCCGGGAUUCAUCCUAGUGAAAUUACUGCUAUGCAGAGAUGGGCUUGCAGUACGUGUGAUGCAGAGUUCGAGUCGCUUCUAGAACAAAGAUCGCAUUUCAGCUCCGAUUUUCAUCGCUUAAAUGUAAAAUUAACUGUUGCGGGGAAAGGAACUGUAAAGGAGGAAGACUUUGAUGAAACAUCAUUGGACACUUUAUGCAAGGAUUUUGAUGUGUCAAGUAUUUCAGGGUCAGACGAUGAAGAUGAGAAUGAAACUGGUGUCCGCAACCGCUCUCACAGCAGAUCAGUGGGGAAUCUAAAGAAUAAGAUGUUUAUACAGCUGCAAAAUGGAGAGAGAGUUUCCUUUUGGAAAUGUUUGCUUCUGAAUGAAUCUGAGAACAUCGCAUUUGAAAAUGACAAAUUAGAUACUACAGAUGAUGGUGGCUGUAAUUUGCAAGAGAAAGAUGUGACUGAAAAAUUGAAAAAAUUGGUUGAUGAACCUAGGAAUGGGACUUGCCUAAGAGUGGUCUUGCUUUCCAAGGGUGGGCAUUUUGCAGGCUGUGUCUUUGACGGAAACACCGUUAUCGCCCAUAAAACUUUCCACAGAUAUGUAGUGCGUGCCAAGGCUGGUAAAAGGCAGUCAUCAAAGGAUGCAAGUGGAAAGACCAUUCAUUCCGCUGGAUCUUCUCUUCGCCGUUAUAAUGAGCUCGCUCUGAAAAAGGAAAUUCAAGUUUUACUUGCUGCUUGGAAGCUUUAUUUUGCUGCUUCCUGUUGUGUUUUUAUUAGUGCUCCUUCUUAUGAUCAUCAAAUAUUUUUCGACGGAAAGCGGCCAAUUUUUAACUGUCCGCAACAUUUGGUGCGAAACAUUCCUUUGACUGUUGGAAGACCCACAUUGAAGGAAGCUCAUAGGCUAUAUAAGUUAUUGACCCAAAUAUACUCUGAAACAGAUGAGGAGUUCACUGUGUUUGCAAAAAAUAAAGAUGAGGAGCUAUUUCAAAAUGACAGUGUUCAGGUUAAUGGCCAAUUUGAGUCUAGUAGGCUGGACAUUGGGGAGAAUUCGGAGAGUAAUCAUUCUAGCAUCCUUGAGAGAAAAUUGGAUUCCAUUCACAUAGUAAGUGAUAGCGAAAGUGAGAGGGAAAAUAUCUCAGCAUCAACACCUCUGCAUGAAGCAGCUAAAUCUGGAAAUCCUCAAGAAGUUUUAGACCUUCUGGAGCAGGGUUUGGAUCCUUGUAUCAAGGAUGAGAAGGGUCGUACCCCUUAUAUGCUUGCAACAGAGAAGGAAGUAAGGGAUACAUUCAGACGGUUCAUGGCAAUGAACCUUGAUAAAUGGGAUUGGCAUGCUGCUAAAGUUCCUAGUGCUUUGACAAAAGAGAUGGAGGAAUCUCAAGCCACCAAGCAGGCUGAAAAAGAAGCUAAGCGGAAAGCAAGAGCGAAGGAAUUAAAGAAAUUGCGUAAAGCAAAAGCAAAGAAGGCUCAGGCUGAGGCUGCUCAAUCCCAAAAUGCAAGCUCCUCGCAGAAUCGUGGAUCUACUCUUAACUUGCCCAAAUUAUCUAAAGAGGAGGAGCUUAAAAGGGCACAAGAUGCUGAGAGGGAAAAGAGAGCUGCAGCUGCUGAGAGAAGAAUGGCAGCCCUCAAAGCAGAGAGCGCAGGAUCUGUGGCUGCUAGUUCAGGGACGAAAACAACAGGAGCCUCUGACAUUAUAUGCUCGUGCUGUCGUGUUUCACUUGCUGGGAUAGUUCCCUUUCAUAGGUACAGUUACAAGUACUGCAGCACAACAUGUAUGCACUUGCAUAAAGAAAUCCUCGAGGAUGGAUGAGCCGCUGGAAUCUUCUUCCCUAAUGAUUUGAAAGGAUGGCUUUUUUUUCAUUUGUAUACCACCAUUCAUGUUUCAACUUUCAGGAAGUUGGUUUUCCUACACCAGCUUCUGAGCUAUGAAACAUGUACAUAAUCACUUAUAGGUUAGUUCAGUGUGGUUGUUUUUCAUUGACAAGGUGAAGGGGUUGGCUAUAAAGUUGAAUAAAAAUUGUCACAUUCAAAACUAAAGGGGAAGCAAUUUAAUUUUAAUUCAUGUCAAGCUGAGAUAUACUGUAAGAAUUUUAUCGAAGAAGACAACCGUACUACACCUCUUUUCUUUUUUUUUUUUUCCCAUUUACGAAAAAUAAUAUAAUCUCGUGAAAUUUCCUAAUUGACGGAAAAUCAAUAUCUAUUUAUACGGUAAUUUUUAUUUUUAUUUUUUUUGAUGAUUU